GAAGGUUCUGCGCCUGCGCGGUUUGUUAGAGCUUAGCCUUUGUUUUUGCAUGUUGUUUAAAGUACUGUGGUAAUACUGAAAUGAGUGAUUCCUCAGGUUUUUGGAUUAACCAAAUCGAUUGCUUCACUGCAAGGGCGUUUGAACUAGAUUAGUUUUAUUUUCUGAUUUUCUUUAGAGCCUGGUUUAGUUCAGCGAUGUUCCAGCCGACGAUAAAGAACUUCAACGUCAAUUAUAACGCUUUGAAUGAGAGGAAUACUGUCUCCAGCGGGGACCUGAUCGCAGGACACAUCUCCUUCGAGCUCACAAAGGAGACGAAGGUCUCUUCAAUAACAAUGGCACUGAAAGGAAAGGUGAACGUCCACUGGUCAACCGGUGGGGGGAAGAAAAGAAGCCGAAGAAAUUACUCGGCCAAAUUGGAAUUAUUUAAAUUGAAAAGCGUCCUCUUGCAAGAAAACAGUGUUACUGGUGAGCCAGCAAAACUUCAGCCCGGCACGCAUAUGUAUCCGUUCUCAUGCCAGAUCCCGCAGGGAGACUUCCCAUCCACCUUCCACGGGGUUCAUGGACAUGCCAUGUACAGCUUGACAGUGGGCAUCUACAGACCCUGGCAUAUGAGCAAGGACUUUGUGACAGAGUUGAACUUUGUGAACCGCAUUGAUACCAGCAACCCAGAGCUGUCGGCUCCUCUCUCAGGCCGCAACACCAUGACACUGUGCUGCCUGUGGUGUGCCUCGGGUCCAAUCACAGUGACAGCCAGCACAGAGAAGAAAGCCUUCAUCCCUGGUGAAACUGUGAAAGUCAUUUGCAACUUCAGUAACUAUUCGUCACGCACAGUUACUCUGAAGGUGAAACUGCUACAGAAAGUGGUUCACUACACCCACAACAGGGUCAGUAAGAGGAAUGUUAUCAAAAACAUGGCAUCUGUGACCGGACAGCCCAUCCGUGCUGCCGCUUCCGACUUGCGCACGGAGAUGAUGCUCCCCAUACCCUCGUCUGCAUCACUCAGCAUUUCUAACUGCAGCAUCCUGGAAGUUGACUACAUUGUUGAGGUGAUCAUGAGCUUAACAGCUGCCCCGGACCUUGAAGUGCUUUUUCCCAUCAUCCUGUGUGGUACCCCUUUAGCUAAACCAAAGCGUCUCCAUUCAUCUCCGUCCUCACAAUCUCUCCUGCCACUUACUUUGUACUUACAGCUUUGCUUGGCGGUCACACAGAAUAUCAUGUCGAAUAAUGUAAAGAGCUUUUCAGUGGGAUAUAAUCCCAUAAACAAAAGCAAUAUUUUCGCCAGUGGCAAUCAAAUCACAGGACAGAUUACAUUAGAACUGGAAAAAGAAUGUAAAAUAGAUUCACUCUGUGUAAAGCUGAAGGGAAAAGCAGAAGUCAAUUGGACUGAAAAUUAUGGAAGAACAACUGUAAGGUACCAUGCCAAGGAGAAAUACUUUAGUAUCAAGCAGUUUAUCUUUGUGGAUGGCCGGGACAGUCUUGUUGACCGGGGCUGCCAUGUGUACCCAUUCACCUUUAUGAUCCCUGCACAAGACCUACCAUCAUCCUUCAAAGACUCAAAAGGAAAGAUUGUGUACACACUGGAGGCAAAUCUGAGCAGGUCAAUGAGAAUAGACAGCAAAGCUAAGGCGAAGUUCACUCUCGUCCACAAUGGGAACCUAAAGAGUGAUCCAUCACUGAUGACUCCACAGCACAGCAACACAGAGAAGAAAAUGAAGCUCUUUACAUCGGGAGCCGUAGGCAUGGAUGUAAAUAUUAACCGGACAGGAUUCCACCAAGGAGAAGGAAUAAAGGUUGUGGCCUCCAUUCAUAACAAAUCAUCUCGUGAGAUUAGGCCCAAGUACUGUUUGUAUAGGAAGUACAGUUACUUUGCAAAGGGGAAGAGGAGAGUCGAAACCAAAGACAUCCUGAAAGAGGUGGGCGACGCCAUCCCGCCUUCUGCAGGUCAGACCGUCACCAGGAUCAUCACCAUCCCUCCCACCAUGGGUAUGUCCAUCUUAAACUGCAGGGUCCUCAAAGCAGAGUACAGGCUCAGGGUCUAUCUGGAUGUCAAGUACGCGUCAGACCCCGAGAUCAAGUUCCCCAUCGUCAUUCUGCCGGCUCUACAGGAGCCUGAUGGGGAGGAUGUGCCUGCUUAUCCUACCUAUGGAUAUGAAGCAUUUGCAAGCUCAGACAUGCCAGGAGGAGCAAGCUUCCUACAAAACCCAACUGCCUCAGGCCCUUCUGCUCCACCUCCACCCUAUGGGACAUAUGGGAUGUACCCCUCCUUGAUGGACUUCAAUGGAAGAAGCUCAAAAUAAAUUUAGAGGGUGCAGCACUCUUUUUAAAUUCACAGUAUGAGACAUGACUCUAAAUUAGGAAUUACUGCAACAAAGUAUAGUAUAGUAGUAUAACAACAUUUUGCUUAAUCCUUGUUGUCCAGGUAAAAUGGCAAGAAUGAUGACACUGAAACAAUGUCUUUUUUUUAAUUUAGGAUAUUUAUAAGAAUGAUUUAAUUUAAUAAAUUAAGUAACGAGGGGCAUUGAUCAGCUCCUGUACGAUGUCUGCAUGGCCAGUAAAUUACUUCACUUGA